AUGGCACCUAAGCGACCCCAUGACUCGGAAAAUGGACCCGGAGGCAGGGCAGGUGCUUCGGAGAAGAAGAGCAAGGGUUUCAGCGUUGGUCCAGCCAACCUGCCCGAUGGAACAUAUCGUCGCAAGACCCAAAAAAUCAAGUCCGACUUGAUCCAAAAGGCAAAAGUCAAGAAGGCCUACGCCAAGAUUAAAGCUCAAGAAGUCGCCUCUGGAAAACCCAAAUCCGUCUACGAUAAAUACCAAGAAGAGGAUGGUGCCAACAAGGAUGAGGAUGAAGAGAAGUCGACUGAACUUCACCCGAGCCGAGUCGCCAUGUUAAACAAGCCACCCCAAUCCCCGGAGCCCGCACCAAGGCCGGAGCGACGCCCUCGAGACAAUGAAGCGAAGCGAAAGGAGCGUAAGCCUAGGCCGUCGGCUUUCUCCAAGGAGAUGGAAAUUGCGGAGCAACGGAAAAAGGCCGCCGAAGCACGCAGAAAGGAGCGCGAGGCUAAGCAGAAGGAGCGGGAGGAUAUGACGCGGGCGAAGCGUCCAGAUCAGUUUGGGAAGCGACGAUUGGGACGAGAGAGUACUGCGCUCCUGAGUCGGGUGCAGCGCAUGGUCGGUUAA